UUUCCUUAGUGGACAGGAAGGAGGUCCGCACCUACAGCUGUGCUACGUAUGUGGAUUUUCAAAUGAAUAUCGGUAAAAGAAUAUACAGUAAAUACAACAUUUAGUAAGGUCAAUUUAUGAGAGGUUUUGAAGCUACUUGAACUGUGAGUACUACAUUUGAGGAAACAGACGUGACUCUUUGAAAGUGAAAGUGAAAGUAAGGCUGCUUAAGGGAAAACGGAAAAAGACAACCAGAGGACAAAACAGCAAAAUGGCUUCUAAUGUAUCACAGUCUGAGCUGGACUGCACUUGCCCUGUUUGUUGUGAUAUAUUUAAGGAUCCUGUUGUCUUGCUGUGUGGUCACAGCUUCUGUAAGUACUGUCUUGAGGAGUGGUGGAGGCAGAGUAGCCUUCAGGCUUGCCCGGUCUGUAAAGAAAUAUUUCCAAUGUCUCGGGCACCACGUAACCUGGCACUGAGAAACCUCUCUGACAACCUAAGAAGAGAGAGGAGUCAGGCUGCAUCAGCAUCUAAGGAGCUCUGCAGUCUGCACAACGAGAAACUCAGACUCUUCUGUCAGGAUGACCAGCAGCUCAUCUGUGUGGUUUGCAGGGAUGCAAAACAACACAAGAAACACAACUGUGUCCCCAUCAACGAAGCAGCAGAAGAGCACAGAACUAAAAUCAAGAUUGAGGUGAUGCACUUAAAGAGCAAACUGGGGACGUUUGAAGCAGAAAAACUCAAAUAUGAUAAAAUGGCUAACCACAUUAAGCUCCAGGCCCAGGAUACAGAGAAGACGAUCAAAGGAGAGUUUCAGAAGUUUUACCAGUUCCUGAGAGCAGAGGAAGCUGGGAGGAUAGAUGCAGUGAGGAAGGAGGCAGCACUCAAGAGUCAGACAAUGAACCUGAAGAUCGUAAACAUGACUGCUGAGAUCUCCUCACUUAGAGAAAAAAUCAAAACCUUAGAGGGGGAGAUGAAAGCUGGAGGCAUGGCAUUUAUGAUGAACAUCAAAUCCACUAUGGCGCAAUCUCAGUGCACACUCUCAGAUCCAGUCACUCCAUCAGGAGCUCUGAUCGAUGAGGCCAAACACCUUGGGAAACUGCUCUUCUCAGUCUGGAUAAAAAUGAAGACUCUAAUCCAAUACACUCCUGUAGUUAUGGAUCCCAACACUUGCGCCCAGAGAAUGACUGUAUCAGAACAUUUGACUUGUCUAACAUCAUGCAAUUCUACAUUAUUUCCUGAAAACCCUGAAAGGCUGCGUGUUUCAGAUAUUCUUGGAUAUGAAGGCUUUAGUUCUGGAAAGCACAGCUGGGAUGUAGAGGUAGAUGGUUACUGGGCUGUUGGUGUGGCUGCUCGAACCAGUGUGUCUUAUUCUAAAAAGAUCUGGGGCAUCUAUGUGUGUUCUUGCACUAACAUUCUGCGUGAACUUACACCAGAAGACUAUGUCAAAGAGGUAAUGAAAGAUUCAUUUCCUCAGAAGGUCAGAGUGAACUUAGAUUAUGACAAAGGGAUACUAUCAUUUUUUGACCUUGGCCGGAAAGUGCCCGUACGUACCAUCAGAUACACUUUUACCGAAAAACUCUUUCCAUACUUUUGUAAUAAGACAAAAAUUCUUCCACCUGAAUUGUCAGUAGGGAUAACACAAGUAAAAUAGACAUUCUGCAAAACUACAAAGUCCUCCUAAAAUAAGGACUCAUUUGAAACUCUCUUUUUUGUAAUGUUGUGGAUAUUUACAAUGUAACCAAAAUUUUCAGUGAUUGAAUGUAAUAGAUAUACAGUAUUUCCACAAUGCCCCAUAUUGUGGCUAAUAUCGGUCUACAUGUAUACAUAGUAUAUGAGGUAAUACCACAUGACACUAGUGUACGACCAUCUCGCUCUCUUUUUCUCAGCCCACUAAAACACUCACAUGUAUGAAUCCACAGCCGUGCUGAUACUGAAUCUCGGUGGUAUUACAGCUGGAAUGCCUGCUAUGUUUUUUCAACUAAUGAAAGAAUGAAGAAAAACAAACAGAGGGGCAAAAUUAAAAGAGAAAAGGGAUCGAGAGAAGAAAACACUGAGGGAGAAAAGGAAAAAAUGGAAGAACGGGGCAUACGGGCUUCAUUUAGUCUGGACUCCUCUGCAUGUUUUACACGAGUCUGAGUCUGCUUUUGUCAGAGCUAAUGAAGGUUCGAGAUGGAGAAUGACUGACAAGCCUGCUUAACUGUGGUGUGAGGGAAUUAUGUUUGAAUUACUUUAAUUUGAGAAACGUGUAUUUUUCAGAUUUAUAUGAAGGGAAUUUUGCUUUUGCUAUUUUAAAAGUUGUUUUAAUCAUCAGUAUAUUGUUCAUAUUUUCUGAGUUAAAAUUGAUUUGUAAAUGUACAGACCUUACUGCAAACUCAAUUGUGACAAAUUGCAAUUUCUGGAAUAAAAAUGUGCUUCCUCUA